UGCGACUUCAGUGCCAUUCCUACAUGUGAAUACCUCGUCGAGCUGCGUCGGUCUUGUUCUAUGCCAGUUGGGGCCAGGCUUGUGUCCCCCCAUUAGGGUUGCGUUCACCCUGCCAUGAGCUUAACGUCGCGAAUCUCCAGCUUCUUUACCCAGAGCCCCGCGACCGAGAACAAUCUCGAAGGUCCACACCAUGCCUUCAAUGCCCCAGAGCUCCAGAUCGACCGCUCACGACAGAAUAAGACUCCGCGCACAAUGGCGGGAUCGGACGAAGAGGAAGACCUGGAGUUGAAGCGGCCACCGUUCAUUCAUUGUAUGCUUGCUGGUGGCACCGGAGGAACGUCAGGCGAUAUUCUGAUGCACUCCCUUGACACUGUCAAAACGAGACAGCAAGGAGAUCCUCAUUUCCCUCCCAAAUAUUCCUCUUUAUCCGAUUCCUACGUUAAAAUCUUUCGACAAGAGGGUGUGAGAAGAGGUUUAUACGGCGGCUUCACAGCUGCCAUGCUGGGUUCCUUCCCCGGCACUGUCAUAUUUUUCGGGAGCUACGAAUACUGUAAACGCAAUAUGCUGGACUAUGGCAUCAACCCCUCCUUAGCCUAUCUUGCUAGCGGUUUCCUCGCCGACUUUGCAGCCUCCAUCGUCUAUGUCCCUUCAGAGGUACUCAAGACCCGCCUCCAGCUCCAAGGCCGAUACAACAAUCCGUUCUUCAAUUCGGGGUACAAUUACAAGUCAACGUGGGACGCAGCGAAGACCAUUGCCCGGACCGAAGGCUUUGGUGCCUUAUAUUCGGGAUACAAAGCCACCAUCGUUCGUGAUCUUCCCUUCUCGGCAUUACAGUUUGCCUUUUAUGAACAGGAGAGGAGAUUCGCUCAAGAAUGGAUGGGAAAGAGCGACAUCGGUCUUGGUUUGGAAAUCAGCACGGCAGUUUCAGCAGGCGGGAUUGCUGGUGUCCUGACCUGUCCUCUCGAUGUUGUCAAGACUCGAACGCAAACCCAAAUCACACCUGACAACCACAGUACGAGCAGUCAAGCAACGCACAUGGAGAAAUUGGCUAAAACCCAUCGGUCAACCGCAUCCAAGCAAACGCGGAUGAUCCAUUCGGGGCCAAGAACAGUGCCUCACACGACACCAACUCUGGACACAUCUUCCGUCAUCACCGGGCUGAGAUUAAUCUAUAAGACCGAAGGAGUACCUGGACUGUUCCGAGGAGUUGGACCCCGAUUCGUAUGGACUGGAGUUCAGACCGGGACCAUGCUUGUCUUGUACCAAUAUUUGUUGAAACGGUUGGAAAUCUCUUCUUCAGAUGUGGCAUCGGAUGCGAUCUAACAGCAUCGAGCCGAUUUUCUGCACGUUCUCCUUCUGGAUGUGGACCCGAUCUACUGCGGGAUAUGAUGAGAUGGCAUUUUUCUGGCGUUGACGUGCAUAAACGGCCGUGGACAGGUCGAUCAGGAUACCCUUGGAAGACAAUAUACUGUAGAACAUGUCGGCAAUAGCGAUGGCGCUGGCGACUGAAAUUAGCAACUAGCGAUUCUCACGUGGGUGGGUCGUGUCGUGGGUUGCUGAAGAUACUUAUAGAGAUACAUUUUGUACAACAAUAGCGCAACUACCAUUCAACUCUG